AUGCGUUGGGGAACGCGAGACAAGUUCCAAGUAUUUCAGCCACAGGAGGCCGCUUGGCAAUGUGACUUUCUGGCGCUGGGUGAUCCUGCGCCAGGUGAUGAUUCUAAGGUGUGCGAGUGUGAAGCUUCGGGCGCACAAUCACACGAAGGUUUCGAAUGGGUCUUUUGUGCCAGCCAGUUCAUGCUAUGUGAAUGUCCUGGUCGCAUACGUUGGGGGAAUGGCCAUCGAUGGAAGAUUCUGCAGCACCACAACCCUGGUCAGCUGGUAAAGUGCGCCACUGAUGAUCUCGGAGACCCCGCCCCAGGAGAUGCAGGCAAGCACUGCGAAUGUGAGCUCGAUCCGGCAUCGCCAUUCUUCGGAAGUAUUUCGCCAGCUGUGAAGAGGAGUGCAGGCUCACAGAGAGUGGUGUCCUGUGAAAUUCUCGAAGAUGCCAGACGGGGUCAUGUUUGGGACCAACUGGAAUGGAAGGCAGUGCAGGGCUUGUGCUCGGUGCCAGGCUUAAGAUUGCCGAAGGCUGGAGGAGACUCUUUGGAUAAUCGAUCGCUUCGGUCAAUGGUUGAUGCAUGGAUCAGCGAUGGGUUUGCCGAAAAUUAUCGCAAAUUGUACAGAGAAGGAUGGCUGGAGGAAGGAUUCGUCAAUUUCAUUGGAAGUUCGCCAAGCCGAACAAAGUGGGCAAAGAUAAAUGAGCAAUUGAUACGCUCUGUGCAUAUGUUUUCUACAAGGCCUAUUGUCGUUGUGCACUUCGGAAUGGUGUUGCCCCAUGAGUGGGACCCAACGAAAUACCCUCGGUUGGUGGUCAUGCAUGCUGCGCCCUUCCCGACUGCCGUGUUCCGUCGAUUUGACCUCAACAAAUUCCGUUCGCUCCUGAUUGCCAGAGUCAAGACAGGCAUACAGCUGGACUCCGACCAAUUCGUUGCUCCACGGGUUGAUGCCUUAUUUGAGCGUGCGCGGCAAGAAGGCUCAGAAUCUUAUCCGCUGCCCAUUCUACCGGUACACUUUCUGAGAAAUGAGGAAUUGCCAAUGUACCCGGGCAGAAAUGGAGGAGUCACGAUGAGCGGAGGCACCAGUCACGUUUUUGACAGGUAUUGCCGCUUCGGCAAGUGCCGCGUCACGACUCGCUGGGGCCACGCUCAUCCUACAUGGACAUUUUGGGCGCUUCCCUUUGUGGGAACAUGGAUCCGGCGCCAUCUCCGGGACGAGACGCUGCCGCAAAUUGAUGGAGACCCGAAGACAGCCUUGCGGGUUACCAGCAUCGAUGUGGAUGAGGACUUGCUGAAUAUCGGCACCUGGGAGGAGAAGGGUCACAAGCAGUGGUGCAAGUAUGACGUCAUGGAUCCCUCAGACUUCAAGAAGCUUCUACAAGCAAGGGCUUCGCGUGGUUGCAACGAAGCGCCACCCAUCAAUGCAGAUGAAGUUUUUCAUCCGGCAGGUGCCGCGCUGGUGUUCUACACUGCCCAUCACGCUGUUGAUCCCAACGUUUCAGCUCUUCUGCUGGAGCAGCUUGAUGAGCAUUUGAAAGCUGGAAAGCUUCCACCUCCGGUGUACUUCAAAGGCUGCUUCUAUGAGGAUGGUGCUACACUCAUGAAGGCCCACCCGGACGUUCGAUGCCUGAUCUGA